GUUUCUCCACCAUUUUCCACAAAAGAAGCCUCCAAAAUGCCUGACGCAGAGCUUACAGCUCCAACAGUAGAAAAUGUCCGCGUCGUCGUCCGCGUUCGUCCCAUGGACCAACGGGAAAAGCUGGAAGGAGCAUACAACUGCGUCUCCGUGGACGGAGUCAACAACACUAUAGCUGUCACGCGCAACAAUGUCAAUCCGCCUGAACCGCCAAGGGUGUACGCAUACGAUGCGGUGUUCGACUACAACACGAGCCAGAUGGACAUCUACGUUCAAACAGCAAGUCCGAUCGUCGAGGAAGUCCUCAAAGGCUACAAUGGCACGAUAUUCGCCUACGGACAAACGGGCACCGGCAAGACCUACACAAUGGCAGGCAGCAACUCCGCCCCUGAACUGAGGGGAAUUAUUCCCAAUUCGUUCGCUCAAAUCUUCAGUCAUAUCGCGAACGCCAAGGAUGAUGAAAAGUUCUUGGUCUGCGUGACAUACCUGGAGAUCUACAAUGAGGAAGUCCGAGACCUGCUGGGGAACAAUCCACAGCAGAGCUUGGAGGUGAAGGAGCGUCCGGACAUUGGCGUUUUUGUAAAAGACCUGACUGGCUACGUUGUCCACAACGCAGACGAGCUGGAGAAAAUAAUGGCAGUUGGCAACAAGAACCGUCACAUUGGAGCAACGGCCAUGAACACAGAGAGCUCGAGGUCGCAUGCCAUAUUUUCCAUCACAGUUGAGAGUUCGAAGAAGGGGGCGGACGGGAAGACUCAUGUCAAAAUGGGGAAACUACAUCUUGUUGAUCUUGCUGGUUCAGAACGCCAAAGCAAGACUCAAGCAACCGGCACGCGCUUGAAAGAAGCGACAAAGAUUAACCAAUCUCUCUCUGUGCUCGGCAACGUAAUCUCAGCUUUAGUGGACGGAAAGUCUACCCACAUUCCUUAUAGAAACUCGAAACUCACUAGGUUACUGCAAGAUUCUCUUGGAGGGAACAGCAAAACCGUUAUGAUAGCAACGAUAGGUCCAGCAGACUCGAAUUACGUGGAGACAAUAAGCACCCUGCGGUACGCCAAUCGCGCCAAGAACAUCGAGAACAAAACUCAUGUUAACAGCGAGCCAGGAGACGCCUUGCUUACCAGAUUCCAGCAGGAAAUUGAUCAGCUCAAGAAACAAUUGGAAGACACCAACAAUGAACUUGAAGAGGAAGGUGAAGAAGAAGAAGAUGGCAGUGAGGAACUCACAGACGACACUCUCACCGAUCCUGAGCUGGAUGCUGAGUUGGACCCUGAGGAGAGAAAGAAGCGACGGCGAGAACGACGUGAACAGAAGGAACGGCUGAACCAGGAGAAGGCACAUCAAGCGCGAAAGGUCCUGGAAGAAAAGAAGGCUGAACUUCAGCGGACCAAAAAACAUCAAGAGGAGCUUAAAGACAAGCUACAACGCCUGGAGUCCAAGGUUCUCGUGGGUGGUGAGAACUUGCUAGACAAGGCCGAUGCCCAACGAAGACUGCUAGAACAAGCCACUAGGGAGUUGGAGCAAAGGCGUUUGAACGAACAACGGCUGCAGGAACAUUUGCAGAAGAAAGAGGCCGAGCGCCUGGACCUGGAGGAACGCUACUCCAGUCUCCAAGAGGAGAACUCAGCAAAAACACGCAAGCUGAAACGCGCCGUUCAGCUCCUCAACUCAGCUAAAGCUGAGCUGGCUGAUCAGCAACGCGAGCAGCAGAGAGAGAUGGAAGGCAUAUUGGACAGCGUCAGAGCUUUGAAAAGGGAGAUACAGCUGGCGGACUUGGUGCUCGACUCUUAUAUACCUAAGGAGUAUCAAGCAUUGAUCGAACAAUACGUCCACUGGAACGAACAACUCGGCGAGUGGCAGGUCCGCUGCGUGGCGUACACUGGCAACAAUAUGCAUCAUCAUCAAGCGCAUAAUCAUCACCACCAUAGCCAGAAACACAUCGAGCCGCCGGAUCUAUCUGACCGCUACCUGUCAUACAGCAAUGCAAUAUCUCGACCGGGCACCCGUCUAGGACGACCCCACACUUCUGCUGUGCCGCGUCCACACACCGCUUUGAGGCAGCGCCAAUAGACUUAUCUACGACAUCGCGAUAGAUAUGUGGCUGCACUGUAGGCACUUUUUAGAUGCUAGUAGAACAUCAUGUAAACCACCAAGAUAUACAUCCCCCAUAUUUCGGCAGUGUCACCUUCACACACAAAGGUGGCUACUGGCAGACCGGUAGGCAGUAUUUACAUUUCAAUAUUCUAGUAGUAAAUCUGUGUACUGUAGCAUCAAGAACGUCAUUGUUUAGUGAAUUUGAGAAACGUUUUCAGUCUCGCUUAUACACACAUUAUGGGGAAAGAUACAACAGCAUUCGUUUACAUUUUCAUCUAAUCAGAUAGAUAGAAUUUGGAACGGACUCAAUUCAAAUUACUUGAGGCGCCAUCUGUUGACAAAAUAUGGAUCUAUGUAGUCGAGAGCUGUCGUUCAACCAUCUAAAACAAACUUUAUUAGAAUAGCCUGUACGCUGUACUCAUUUGUACGCAAUUAAAUGUAAGACCACGUUUGUAACAUAGCACUGAGGGAUAUUUUUACAAUUUUAUAAAUUUUUCAAUCACAUUUUAAAGCAGUUUGGUAUCACGACAGGGAAUGUACCGAUCCACAUUUAAAAGUGGUUUGUAUACAAUUCAAAAUAAAGCUCAAAAGGUACCAUUAGGUACUUUUCCCGCGCCCCGUCACAGACUAAGUUCAUAUGGGAGGUGCAAGCGUUUACAUAACAGCACACGUGCGCACAGUGAAGCGCGCUGUAAUCUAAACUAUAGGUCAUAUAUUCAUUGAUCUCAACCUACACUAUUUUUACAUAUUAUUUGAUUUAAAAAACAACCUCAAAUGGCUUUGAUUGAUUCCGCAUAACAGUGAAAUUGUUGAAUCAAUCAAUUUGGAAAAAUAUAUAGUAAAAUUGA